ACCACCCACCGCUCCCGCCCAAAUUCCCCGCCUUCCGCCGGCCCCAUCCUCCCGCGUCCGUCCCCCGCCGGCCUGUUCCACCGCCCGCCCCCCGACGCCCCGCCUCGACGCGGAGGCCGCGCGCCGCGGAGCCCGGGCCGAAACCCUAGCCUCCGCGCGCGUGCAAGUCUCCGGCUCCCCGCGACGCCAGCGGAGGCUCUCCCUCCGGGGCAAAGGCUUCCUACGGAACUCCCAGGGGGUCUGCCCUCCGCCCGCCCCGCCCAAGACACGCUCAGCUGACUGAGAGAAGCUGUGCUGUAUGUACCAUGUGUGUCUAUCGGAGAGGGCAUCAUGAAGCCUGAAGUUACUGCUCAUUUGCCAAAAUCAGAAAGUACUAAACCAAUCACAAUGACCACGCAAGCCUGUAAGAGGCGGAGGUCAGUUUAUAUAAGCAGUGGGUCAGAAGAUUCUGGUACAGAUUCAGAGGUUGAGGGAAGUAAACGGUCUCAAAAAUCUGGGACGACGUCAAUAUCUUCAUCUGAGCAUCGACCAUCUUCUAACAACAAGGCUGGAAGCAUGAAUGCUAGCAAGACAAGGGUCUGUAGAAAUAUUCUGGGGAAGCUCAUGGAUCACCCGGGUGGUUGGCUGUUCCAUAAACCGGUUGAUCCAGACCUAUUUGGCAUUCCUGAUUACUUUGAUGUUAUCCGCAAUCCAAUGGACUUGGGCACUGUCAAGAAGAAACUCACAAACAAGAAUUAUUCAAGCACCGAUGAGUUUGCAGCAGAUGUGAGACUAACAUUUUCAAAUGCAAUGACGUAUAAUCCUCCUGGAAAUCAGGUCCACACAGUAGCUGAACAGCUGAAUAUAAUGUUUAAUUCGGAAUGGACAUCAUAUGAAAGAAAAUGGAGCGACAGAAAUCUGAAGCCAGUGCAGUUGCCGAUGAAGGUAAUUAAGGCUCGUGUGGCUGUCAAUUCAAAGCCAGUGGUUUCUGGAGGGUUGGUCGCAUGCUCAAAUUCAUCUGCAAAGAAGACAUUGACAAAUGCAAUAUCCUCCAAAGUAAAAAUUAAGUUUUGUGUGCGUGGAUCGGGGCAGACCUUAUCCAAAGAGACACCUUUGCAAGCAGCUGGUAGCAAGGAGGGCUCUUUAAAUCAUUCUAUCCCAUGCACCAAGGAGAGCGCUAACACAACUAAGGUCCAGUCAAGUGAGCACAGAGUUCAGUCGAUUGGAAAUGAAUCACGGUCUUGCAGUGAUACUUCAACUUCGCCUCUUUCUUCCUAUGGACAAGGAGACGGAAGUUAUUUACAGGCUGAACCUUUGUCACCAACCAAGGCCCUGCGUGCAGCAAUGCUUAAGAGGCGUUUUGCUGGAACGAUUGUGAAGGCACAGCAGAAGGCACUUCUGGACCAUGGGCAGCAAAUAGACCCUGCAAAAUUACAGUUGGAAAAGGAGAGGCUGGAAAAAAGGCAGCAAGAAGAGAAAGAAAGGAUUGAGGCCCAGGUGAAGGCCGCUGAAGCUGCUGCACAGUUCAAGUUAGAUGAAGAACUAAGGAAGAAGAGGGAGCGAGAAAGGGAGGCAGCACGGCUGGCACUACACAUGAUGAAGAAGACCGUUGACAUUGACAACAGCGACUUCCUAAAGGACCUGGAAAACAUCAGCAAAAAGUGGGAACUAAACCCUCCUGCCAAGCUAAUUGUGGAUUUCGUCGACGGGAUGGAGCUCCCACCUGGCCUCGGAAGCCCGCUGGAGAGGCUCGGGCUUUUCAUGAAGAGAGACAUCGAAGAAGAGGUCGAAGAUGAAAUGGAGGACAGCGUAUCACCACCCUCCGUGGAUGUCGACAGCGUAUCACCACCCUCCGUGGAUGCCCACAGCAUAUCACCACCCUCCGUCGAUGUCAACAGCAUAUUACCACCCGCUGUGGAUAUGGAUAUUGACGGGGAGGAAGGAGAGAUCGGCUGCUGUGGGUAGCAUUUUUUUCCUUGUGAUUUGUUUCUCAUACGUAUUGUGUACCAACACGAUCGUACAUCGUGGUUAUAAGGUUACGAUGUGAUUCUGCCCCGCAAGCGGGCUAUGUCGACAUAAGCGGAGUGCACUGUAACUGUUGUGGUAUUCAGAGUGAGUUUCUCGUACGAAUGUUCUGUAAAACAAUUGGAAAAGGAGAAAAAAAAAGAGAUAGUAGUGAA